AUGGCCACCGCCCGCUUCCCCGGACUCGCCCUCGGAUGGCUCACCCGGGCCGUCCAAGAUGACCGGGUCAUGUACGGAUAUCUAGCCAUACACACCGUCGGCUGGCUCUGGGGCCUGCGCUUCCUGCUACGCAAGUGGCGCGACGAAGCUGAGAUUAAGCCGCCUCAGCCGAAGACGCAGUACAUCACGCAGGAGACUGAGGACGCCCUGAAGCUGGACACCCUAGACACUAUGCUUCAUCACUACAACCACGCGAUCCGCGAGACGGCCUCUAAGAUUGUGUGCGAUCGGGCUGUGAAUGACCGGGACACGGUGGAUAGGUUGUUGUGGGGUAUCACGAGGCCGGAUUAUGACGAGCGGAUGGAGAAUUUGAGGGCGUUGGCUAUUAUUACUGAUCCACAAAGCCUUGAGGCACUGCAUCACUGGAAAGCCUACGCCGCCCUCGUCAGGUCACUGGAACUAUGCCUCGAACCGGAGCAAGAAGUACUCGGGCAAGAGGACUGGGACGAGUUCCCAUUGCGCGACAUGACAGAGAAGCUCUGCCUCAUCUUCAUUAGCCAGCUCCUAAACAACUACGGGCCCCAAAAACUCAUCAAAGCCAAGUUCGUCGAGAAAUGGCUAGCCAAGCAAAACUGGGGCGCCGACCUGGACACACGCCGAAGCAACUUCUCGCACUACUAUCGCACCCGGCGCAACCGCAUCACCGACAUCAUCGCGUCGGUCCGGUCCACCGAUAUCGGCCUCGAGGCCCUGGAGAUAGCCGGCCUCCAAGAGCCCGAGUCUCCGCCGGACAGCGACGUCGAGAUCGAAAUAAACGACGGCGGUCAGCCCAUGAUUGAGCGGUUUAGCGUGCUGCUGCCGAAUAACAUUGACGUCAACGGCCUCCGGGAGGAUGAGCGGGCGCGGGUCUUGUUACGGUCGUUGCAGAGCGCGCAGUCGGUGGAGGAGCAGCGGGUGCGGCACCGUCAUAGGGAAGCGAUUGUGUUGAAUGAUGGGUCCCGGCCUUUGAAUAGUGAUGAUAUCAUCCAACGACCGGAAUCACCUACGAGUGGAUGA